UUUUAAGAUUUCUGAAGAAUGGAUGGAGAGCCUUUUACUUCCAAUUUCUUUUCCCCUGGAAACUUCCCUUCUGAAAUUGGCAUUACCUUGGAACAGAAAACUACCUUUGCCUUUGUGGUUUUAUUGUUUAUUUUCCUUGGUGUUCUCAUUGUCCGAUGUUUUCGAAUCCUCUUAGACCCUUACAGGACUACGCCAACUGCCACCUGGACAGAUGGGCUGGAGGGGCUAGAAAAAGGACAAUUUGAUUAUGUUUUGGCUUAGAGCCAGAAAUGUAGCUUCUUAGAACCAUUUCUUGUUCUCACACAGGCAAAAUAAGCUAAAAUUUGAUGAAUAGAUGGGAAACAUAACGAGUAUUUGAUGAAAAAAAAUGCCUGGGUGUAUCAUGGCUGGAUAUUGCCCAGCUGAAAUAGGAUGACAGACAUACAUUCUGGUUUGUUUUUGUGUCAAACUAUUUGAUUUAUAAGAACUUCAAUUCAUAUCAGUGCCAUGUAAGACUUAAAUCCUAUUCCCAAAAUAUGCGACUUAUCUGGUGGCAUGAUUUACUUUGAGACAAUAGCAAUAGCAAUAGCAGUUAGACUUAUAUACCGCUUC